AUGAAUAGUCUUGAAUCAUUGGCGCAGACGCAAUCUGAUCGAUUAAGCCGCCUGUCUGGAAUUCCACUUGACAUCGUCCUCCAACAUCUCGAUCUUGCAUCAUUCACUGACUUACGUCUCACUUCACGCCAGCUGUCCACCAACACCAUCCACUCUCGUUUCUUCAGAUCCGCCAAGACCGAUCUAUCUCUUGACAGCUUGCACUCUCUCCGAGAUAGAGCUUACCAUCCCCAACUGGGACCCGUGCUCCGAGAGCUCACCGUGGUUGCAACGCUCUUUGAUAGCCAGCCAGCCGAAGCUACUGUCCAGACAAGAAAGAAAUGGUCUGGAUUCGACAAGGACAAAUUGAGCCGUGAUACGGAGAAUUAUCGCCAACGCGUUGAGAAUCUGCGCGAGAGAAACGUAUCUUGUACGGAUGAAGAAGUACAAGAGGCGCAGCGAGAUCUGGGAUGGAUAAACACAAGAAUCGAACAAGAUACAAGCACGGAUGUCGGCCAGGUUACUGACUUGCUGUCAAGCAUCUUUGAAAAUGCUACCAAUAUUCGUGCAAUCAGUUUAGACGCCUGUAUCAUCGCAGGUCGCACCAAGACCUGCAGACCAGCUGAGCAUUACAAAUGGUACCGAUCCGCCCACCAGAACUCAAGUUGGCCCUCAAUCUGGACAGCAGCAUCUCAAACCUUCCGCAUCGUCACUUCAGCGAUAUCCCACAGCAGGAUCCAGCUUGAAAAGCUCCAGAUCUUUCGCGACACACCGCUAUGCAGUGUACAAAUGAGACAUGUCGACGAUCAAUUGAGAACGCUAGGCUCGGAAGGCUUUAGAGAUGCUUGCAAAAACAUCAAAUCUUUCGGACUGAGUUUUUCAACGUAUGCACUCAUUGAAACACCGCCCAUUCAAGGAGAGUGUCUUUUUCGUCAUGCUUUUGCUGCGGAGUUUCGUUACAAGCUUGGUCAAUAUCUUGAGUCUGGAGUGGAGGAUUUCACUGGCGCAGCAACAAUUCUUGGGUAUAUGCCAAAUAUCACAUCCCUGGACCUUCAUCUCCAUCAUUCGGAUAAUCUCCUUCUUCCAGAAUACACCAGAACUUUCGCUCAUAUCAGCCAGAACAUUAGACUCGGCUGUCUGAGGGAACUUUCUCUGCGUGGUCUUCCCCUGCGACAAGAUGAUAUUGUUCUCUUUUUAACAAACCACCCCACUAUCAAAAAGCUGUGUCUUGAUGGCAUACUGCUAGUGGGCGGACCAUGGUCACCCGUCUUUUCAUGCAUCGAAACCAUGCCAUCAUUAGAAAACCUCCACCUCAGGUCCCUCAGCACGGAGUACCACCAUGUAACCAAUCUGGAUCCAGUGUUGCGCACCCUUGAAGUCGACCUACAAGAUAAAGAGAAGUGGGUUGCUUGUGGAGAUGGACACAUCUUACAUACACGAGAUAUGUGCAGGGAGGAGAUUCGGCAAGGGCUGGAUUUUAGACCCCAGCCGGGACCUCGAAACAUUUGGCGAGACGAUACGCUGGCAUACUUUGACCGUAUUCAAUAUGAGUUUGGACCCCCUUCGCGUAUAUGGGAGUGGGAUCCGUUGAAUGAAGAUAUGUAG